CGGGGCACAGGUGUGUGAGAAACUACGCCGGCGCCGAGGAAGCCCGGUCCCCAGGCCAUGGGGGGUCAGCUGAGGCUGCCGCCCGGAGAGCCCUGCCGAGAAGGUUACGUGCUGUCUUUGGUCUGUCCGAACUCUUCCCAGGCUUCCUGUGAGAUCACAAAUGUGUCACAGCUGCUGCCUUAUCCUGCCCUCUACGCGGACCUGAACUUCACGCUAACCAAUGUCAGCGUUUCAGCAAACAUAGAAAACAAAUACAGUCUGUAUGCCGGCUUGGCACUGGCCAUCAGCUCCAGCAUUUUUAUCGGCUCAAGUUUCAUACUCAAGAAGAAGGGUCUCUUGCAACUCGCCAGCAAGGGCAUUACUAGAGCAGGGCAAGGUGGACAUUCUUACCUCAAGGAAUGGGUGUGGUGGGCAGGACUGCUAUCGAUGGGAGCUGGAGAGGCAGCGAACUUUGCGGCUUAUGCCUUUGCACCUGCCACCUUGAUCACCCCCUUGGGGGCUCUGAGUGUUCUCGUAAGCGCCAUAUUGUCUUCCUACUUUUUAAACGAGCACUUGAACAUUCAUGGAAAAAUAGGCUGUAUAUUGAGCAUAUUGGGGUCAACUGUGAUGGUUAUCCAUGCCCCCCAAGAGGAAGAAGUCACUUCUUUGCACGAGAUGGAAAUAAAACUGAGGGAUCCAGGGUUCGUUUCCUUUGCUCUGAUCGUCUCUGUGAUCUCCUUGGUGCUGAUUGUGCUUGUGGCACCGAAGAAAGGACAGACUAAUAUCUUGGUCUAUAUCGCGAUCUGCUCUUUGAUCGGAGCCUUCUCAGUUUCUUCUGCCAAGGGCUUGGGAAUCGCUGCCAAGGAGCUUUUAGAGUGGAAGCCUGUUUACAAGAACCCGCUAGUCUUCAUCCUGUUGGCUGUGCUUAUCCUCUCUGUGACGACACAGAUUAACUAUCUCAACAAAGCCCUGGACACUUUCAACACAUCUCUGGUGACUCCCAUUUAUUACGUGUUCUUCACAUCCAUGGUGGUGACGUGUUCUGCCAUCUUGUUCCAGGAGUGGUAUGGCAUGAAAGCCAGAGAUGUCAUUGGGACCCUGAGUGGAUUCUUCACCAUCAUCAAUGGCAUCUUCCUUCUACAUGCUUUUAAGAACACAGACAUCACCUGGAGUGAGCUCACAUCUACUGCUAAGAUGGAAGUCCUUUCUCCAAAUGGCCGUCAGAACAGUUAUGUUUUAUUAGAGAAUGCAGAUUCUGCAGCCUCGGGGUACGAUGAUGACGUCACUCUGUUUAGCAGGACUGAUGACCGAAAUCUCCAUAAACUUUGAACUUCAACCUAGAAACCUGGAGAGAAACAACACUUACCUGUGGAAGGUCUGUUUGUAUGUUUGCAUAUUUAACACUGUACAAACACUCUAGAUGGGAGGCCAAGGAAAGAGAAAGACUUUCUUCUCACCAUCAAACUGGAAAAUCGAGUUCGAUCUUCUUCUAGAAGGUUCAUGUCUAUUAUGUUUUCACAACCACUGAAAUAGUCCCUGCGCACAAAAGUAGUCAAAGACUUAUAUUUGUCUCUGGAUAAUUCCCUCUUUCACCCUUAGUAAGGAAAUUAUGAACAGUUUCUGAAUUUUCAGAAUGAACACAGUCUACUGUUGUUUUGCAUUAUGGAUGCAUUUUUCCUAUUAAAUUCAUCUUGGCCACACUUUCCAAUUCAGCUCAUUAGUAAGUGUGUAGGAGAGAGAAAUUUCUGAAAACAAAGUGUUAAGACCCCAGACAUACUACAAAGUAUCUUUUGCUCCUUACUGUUUUGCAUUGGAUUUCUCUGACUCACUCUAGAUCCCUGCUCUUAGAAUCUCUGGCGGGGGGUUACUGCUGAGUGUUAACUGCACUGUCUGCUUGUGGAAGCUGAUAAGCCAUGGGCAUCCCAUGAGUUGAUACCUCAAGUCAAAUGCAUGUUUACUAUCUAUCCAUCACUGCCUCCCUUUGUGUAUCAGGUAUAUAA